AUGGACUUACCUGAAGGAUUCUUUGAUCCCAAUGAUAAAAGAGUAUGCAAAUUAAAUAAAUCCUUAUAUGGUCUUAAACAAGCUCCUAGACAAUGGAAUGCUAAACUUACUGAAGCUUUAGCAUCUGAUGGUUUUGUUCAAAGUAAAAGUGAUUAUCCACUUUUUACUAAAUCUGGGCAAAAUUACUUCAUAGCUUUGCUUGUUUAUGUAGAUGAUAUCAUUAUUACUGGUAAUAAUGAAGAUGAAAUUAAAAGAUUCAAAGUAUUUUUGCAAACUCAAUUUAUGAUUAAAGAUUUGGGAAUACUUAAGUAUUUUUUAGGUAUUGAGGUUAUUAAUACUAAUAAUGGUGUUUGUUUAAAUCAAAGGAAGUAUUGCUUGGAUCUAAUCUCUGAAUUUGGUCUUCUUGCUGGUAAACCUAUUUCUGUUCCUCUUGAUCCUAAUGUUCAUCUUUCUAGUGAAGAUUCUGAGAAUGAUCCUGUUCUUAAGAACAUUACUGAAUACCAAAGGUUGAUUGGUAGACUUAUAUAUUUGACUCACACUAGACCUGACAUUGCUUAUACAGUGCACUGUUUAAGUCAGUUUAUGCAUAAGCCUCUUAAUUCUCAUUUGAAAGUAGCAUUAAGAGUAUUGAGAUACUUGAAAGCUGCUCCAGGUAAAGGAAUACAUAUUUGUAAGUCAUCUAAUCUCUCUCUUAAGGCUUUUGUUGAUUCUGACUGGGCAAAAUGCAUUUCUAGUAGAAGAAGUGUUAUUGGAUAUUGUGUUUUCUUUUGUGGUAAUCUUGUUUCUUGGAAAAGUAAGAAACAAAACACUGUCUCUAAAUCUUCUACUAAAGGUGAGUAUAGAGCUAUGGCUUUUGUUACAUGUGAAGUUAUUUGGAUAGUUAAAAUAUUAGAGGAUUUACUUGUCAAAAAUGUUCUUCCUAUUAAAGUGUUUUGUGACAGUAAAUCUGCAAUUAAGAUUGCAGCCAACUCUGUUUUCCAUGAAAGAAAAAAACAUUUAGAAAUUGAUCUUCACUUUGUGAGAGAAAAGAUUUUGGCAGGAGUUGUAAAGAUUAAAAAAAUAGAUGCUGCAAAUAAUAUUGCAGACAUUCUAACAAAAGGGUUGGAUAAAAAAUCUCAUGAUUUUCUUUGUAAUAAAUUGACUCUUUUAAAUGUAUUUGAGAAUAGCAUUAAGGGGGGAUGUUGA